CAACUUGCUCUUCCUCCCCACAGGCAAAAUGAAAAUCCUUGUGAUAUUUCUGGUGGUGCUGGCCACCUUUGGGGCACUGUCUCAUGGAUAUGAGGUUUAUAACAUCAUCAACCCAGUCAACAAUGGUGGCAAUGUUCAGGAGACCGUGACAAUUGACAAUGAAAAGAACACCGCCAUCAUCAAUGUCCAUGCAGGGUCCUGCUCUUCCACCACGGUUUUUGACUACAAACAUGGCUACAUCGCUUCGAGGCUGCUCUCCCGAAGGGCCUGCUAUAUCCUGAAAAUGAAUCAUGAAAACAUUCCUGCUCUGGACCAACUCAAACGGUUCAUCUUCGAGAGGAAGGCUCUGAACACCAUGUUCUCCAACAAAUACACCUGGGUUAAGUACAACCCUCUGGAGUCUCUUAUCACAGACGUGAACUGGUUCCUGUUUGGGUCACCCAUUGAGAAUCUCUGCAAACACAUCCCCUUGUACAAGGGGGAAGUGGUUGAAAAGACGCAUGACAUUGGUGCUGGAGGCUGUGCAAAGGCUGGAGUGCUGGGCAUCUUGGGAAUUUCCAUCUGUGCAGAUAUUCGAGUUUAA